GUUGGACUUGUGCCGCUGAACACCCUCCUGCGGGCCUGCUUAGUGCCCCACCACAUCAUCACAAUGUGGGACUGCGAAACUGUUUUGACCCAUCAUCUUCCUCCAAAACCGCGGACAACGGAAGAACACUUCGUAUUUGCUAUAAUUGGUGGGAGAAAGAGGUGUCCGGUGCUUCGGCUUCAACAUUUUUCGAUUUUUACAGCACGUCCAUUAAGUGUUGUAGACAACAGGCUGUCUUGAAUCGUAUCGUAGCGCCUUGCGGACCGUUCCAUUCAUCUAGAGCUGUCAUCUCCCCUUUCCACGUCCAAGCGACCGACCAUUAGCUGAAGGAGCUCGAACAUCAUGGCGAUCUUACAAGAUUUCUCGAGGACAGGAUUAUUCGACAGUUCCAAUUGGUGGUCUUUCCUCAUUGUGGCGGGCUCCGCGCUGGUGGCCGACUAUGUCUGGAUGCUGUAUUGGAGAUGGAAAAUGCCUCCUGGACCGUUUCCGUGGCCCAUCGUGGGGAACACAUUCUCCCUCCCAAAUGUAAAGCCGUGGUAUCAUUUCGAGCAGCUAUCAAAGGAUUACAAGUCGCCUAUCAUUACCUUUUGGAUCGGCAGAAACCCUACCAUCUGGGUGAACGAUGCAUGGGCAGCAGACGAGCUGCUGGUCAAGCGUGCGGGAAUCUACUGUUCACGCCCGCGUAUGCUGGUAUUCGCAGAGCUGGGUGCUGGACAAUGGAAUCUUUUGAAUAUGCAUACAGUUACCCCCGCGCAAAGGGAAAGAUUUCGCGUUCAGCGUAAACUCACCCAUCAAGGCGUGGGCGUUCAGCAGGUGCAAAAGUACCGUAGCUUUCAGAAUGACGAGAACAAGGUAGUUGCCCUUGAUCUGCUCAAAACACCCAACAAGUAUGUUGAACACUUCGAGAGAUAUGCUACAAGCGUUGUGUCCAUCAUUGGAUUCGGCCGUAGGAUAUCAAAAGCAACCGAUCCGCUCAUCACUGAAGUAAUCGCCAUUAUGCACCAGGCUGCUGCCUUGAAUGUCCCUGGGAAAAGAUUUCCCAUGUUGCUGGAAACCUUCCCUAUCCUUGCCAAAUUCCCCAACUGGAUGGCUCCUUGGAAGCAUGGCCUUGGGAAGUCGGGCACUCCGCGACAAGGGAACAAUGACUUCUUCUACAGCCUUGCAGAGGAGGCCAACGAGCGUGAGCAAGACAAUUACUCCAAGUUGGUGUUCAAAGAAGGACCGAAGUAUGGCCUCCACCCGAGGGAAGUGUCAGCUCUUUCAGGCAACCUCCUUGGAGCAGGGUCAGAUACGUCAAGCAGUACACUGAUCACUUGUGUGCUUGCUAUGCGUGCGUUCCCUGAAGCACUUUCUGCAGCAUACGAAGAACUUGACCGAGUGGUGGGUGGAUCAAGAAGCCCAGACUUUACUGAUGAUCUCCCGUACAUGCGAGCCUUUGUGAAAGAGGUUUUUCGCUGGCGAUCCGUGGCCAUCAUUGGUGGACAACCUCAUGCUCCCAUUCAGGAUGAUUAUUGGAACGGAUACCUAAUUCCGAAAGGCUCGUGGGUUCAAGGCAACGUGUGGGCCAUCCACCACAACGAGCGCGAAUUUCCGGACCCAGAUAGAUUCAACCCGCUCAGGUUCAUGAACGGGCCUGAUUCUCGACCAUUUCCUGGCGAAAAGGGUUACAUGACUUUCGGCUGGGGUCGCCGUUCCUGCUCAGGCCAGUACCUGGCAGAGCAGGGCACGUUCUUGAGUGUUGCACGAUUGGUCUGGGGUUUCAGGGUUGACCCUGCGAUCGAUGAAACGACUGGCAAAGAGAUUCCCGUCGAUAUUUUUAACUACACUGACGGCCUGAACUGGCGUCCUAGGCCUUUCAAGGUGAAUUUCACGCCGCGGACCGAAGAGAUUCGAGACACAAUUGCUAGAGAAGGCGAAAAGGCGUUACAAGAUCUAGCUCCGUUUGAAGGAGAGACGAAGUAUCAAUUCAGCACUUUCUACACUUAGUUGAUAGCGCAAGUAAAUGCGAAAUCGACUUAGUAUAGCAACUCCCAUUGGCUCAAGCCAUAAUGAUCAGUAAUUGAAUGGUAAUCUGCUAUACGCCACCAGUCAAGAUUAGACGAUCUGAGUUGAAGACACGCCUGAGAUAUCACGUAUGCACACGAAUACAAGCGUACUUCAUUGAAAAAACGGUUAAUGGCCUUUCAUAGUCUUAGGUAAAUUGCAAUCUUAAGAAUGGGUACACGAGCACAGCAAUAAGUAUCCAUGCCAUUCUGAGCACACAGUAUUCGUACCCCAAGGAUGC